AUGCAGCGGGAACAACAGAGUGCGUGCCCUCCAUCUGGGCGGUACGACAAGGAACCAUAUAAUGAAGGGAGGUAUCGUCAAUGUUUCUUUCAUUCCACACAUCUCAUCCUCAUUCGCGGAUCCGACAUGGCCACCAUGCUCUGUUUAUUGUAUGCCUUGAUAUCGAUCGCGUCUCUGGUAGACGGCCUUACACCAGCACAAUGGAGAGCUCAGUCCAUCUACCAGGUCAUGACGGAUCGCUUCGCGAGGACGGAUGGUUCAACAUCUGCAGCAUGCGAUUUCAAUGAAUACUGUGGUGGCACAUGGCGGGGCCUGAUCAACCGCCUCGGAUACAUACAGAACAUGGGCUUCACAGCGGUCUGGAUAUCGCCUGUUGUACAGAACCCCAUUGCAACUACUGGAGAUGGCAAUUCAUACCACGGCUACUGGGCAAACGACGUCUACAAGCUGAACCCCAGAUUCGGCACUGCGAAUGAUCUGAAGGCACUAUCUAGCGCCUUGCAUUCCAGGGGAAUGUAUCUCAUGGUCGACGUCGUCCCGAACCACAUGGGCAGUGUCUCCACCCGAGCGAACGUCGACUACAGCCAACUCCGACCCUUCAACCAAAGGUCAUACUAUCACAAUCCCUGCGAUAUCGAUUACAACAACGACACAAGCAUCAAACAAUGCUGGAUCGGCUCCAACACCGUCUCCCUCCCCGACCUCCGAACAGAAGACUCCACAGUCCAGAACAUGUGGAACACCUGGAUCCGCCAACUAGUCUCCAACUACUCCAUCGAUGGCCUGCGGAUCGACACAGCCUACCAAAUCAACCAAGGCUUCUGGGCAGGAUUCCAAGCAGCCGCUGGCGGCAUCCACACCCUCGGCGAAGUCUGGCACGACAGCCCGAGCGUCGUCUGCCCCUACCAGAACUACCUCCACGGCUUGAUGAACUACCCAACCUACUACUGGAUCACGCAAGCCUUCCAAAGCACAAGCGGAAGCAUCUCCAACCUCGUCAAUGGCAUCAACACCAUGAAAGGUGGCGUCUGCAGGGACAUUACACUGAUGGGCUCCUUCCUGGAGAACCACGAUAACAAUCGAUUCCCGAGCAUAACUUCCGACAAUUCCCUCAUCCAGAACGCCAUCGCGUUCCAACUCCUUGCAGAUGGAAUACCGAUCGUAUACCAAGGCCAGGAACAGAAAUUCAACGGUGGCGGCGUCCCUGCCAAUCGUGAACAACUCUGGAAGUCGGGCUACAACCAGAACUCAGAAUUCUACCUACACAUCCGCAAACUCAACGGCAUCCGCUCCUGGGCCGCAAGGCAAGACUCGGCGUACCUAACGUACAACGCAUGGCCCAUCCAGAGCGAUUCCCGCACCAUCGUGAUGCGUAAGGGACUCAACAACAGACAAAUCGUCUCGGUCUACAGUAAUCGCGGCGCCUCUGGAGCAAGUGCAACGAUCACGGUUGGGGCGGGAAAUUCAGGCUUCACGAAUGGACAGAGGGUUAUGGAGAUUCUAAAUUGUGUGGAAAGUACAGCGGACAGUAGAGGCAACCUUGGGGUGACGAUUACACAGGGCAGGCCAAAGGUGUUUUAUCCUAGUGCAAGUUUGGGAGGGAGUGGAAUUUGUGGGAGGUGA